AGAACCGUUGGUUUGAACUUUUAUUUUGGAAAGUUUACUUUUAUAAACGUAGCUGCAACUACGAAAGCUUGCCUAGUUACGAGGAAAUCGGUGAUAUAAACGUUCGUGUUGUUAUUGAUAAAGAUUUAAGUAUGGCAUUAGCCAUGAAUGAUCCGACUUUGGAGCGUCAGUUCAAGGGACACAGAGACACAAUAACCAGCUGUGAUUUUAAUCCCAACAUGAAACAAUUAGCCACUGGUUCCAUGGAUUCGUGUUUGAUGGUUUGGAAUUUUAAACCCAACAUGAGAUCCUACAGAUUUGUUGGACAUAAGGAUGCUAUUCUCUCCGUUCAAUUCUCACCAUCUGGUCACCUUGUUGCUUCUGCUUCCAGGGAUAAAACAGUUCGGCUCUGGAUUCCUAGCGUUAAAGGAGAAUCCACUGUUUUCAAAGCACACACAGCCACAGUUAGAAGCGUCAAUUUUUCUAGCGAUGGACUUCACUUGCUCACAGCAGCUGAUGAUAAAACUAUCAAAGUUUGGUCGGUUCAUCGACAAAAGUUUCAGUUUUCACUCACCCAACAUAUGAACUGGGUACGCUGUGCUAGAUUUUCCCCGGACAACAGACUGAUUGUUUCAGGAAGUGACGACAAAACUGUAAAGUUAUGGGACAGAAACAGUAAAGAAUGUGUUCAUACCUACUUCCAACACGGUGGUUUUGUCAACCAUGUUGAGUUCCACCCAAGUGGAACUUGCAUAGCAGCUGCUGGUACAGAUUCAACUGUUAAAGUUUGGGAUAUUAGGACCAAUAAACUUCUACAACAUUAUCAAGUACACAGUGGACCUGUCAAUCAACUCUCAUUUCACCCAUCCGGUAAUUUCCUCAUUACAUCAUCAAAUGAUUGUACCUUGAAGAUAAUGGACCUGUUAGAGGGUCGACUCUUUUUUACCCUACAUGGACACCAGGAACCAGUUACAGCGACAACAUUUUCAAGGAACGGUGAAUAUUUUGCAUCAGGUGGCGCUGAUGAGCAGGUGAUUGUCUGGAAAACGAACUUUGAUAAAAGUGAUCUCACUGAGCGCCCCCUCACACAAACAACACAUGAAGCAAAACCCACUGGUUUACGUGAGCCCACCUUUAAACAAGGAAAUAAUAACCCACCCACCCAACCAUUAACACCCCCACGUAGACAACCUUUUCAUUCAACUGGUGAACCAAAGAACAUGAUGGCAACUAAAGGUUCUGAUAUUAUGGACAUCGGCCCAAUGUUGUCACACAGUACUAUGGAACAUCCAGAAAGUGAAGCAGGUAGAGCAAGAAAGCAACUUGCUGACAGAUCCAUGAAAACUCCAACUAAAACAAAUGUUGAAGAUGUAUCCAGGUUUGGUACCAGUAUUACAGCUCCAUUAGAAGAAAAGUCCAUACCACCAAAGUUAGCAGCAACACUGGAACAAAUAGUUGGACAAUUGGAUAUGUUAACACAGACAAUGACGAUUCUUGAGCAACGAAUGAGCAUGACUGAAGACAAAGUGAAAGAAUGUUUGGACAAUCAGCAUCAAAUGACACGUCACACCGAGUGACGUUAUAAUGACGUCAUUUCAAACACCCCAUUCCAAAUCGCGCAUAAAGUUCUUAUGAAAGAUUAUUGUGACGUGCUUAUUCCCUAUGUCUCUUCAAAUAAGUUCGGUUCUCUAAUUUACCAACUCUUGACAUAUGGAUUAAAAACCACAUACAUAUUACAAACCUGAGUGGGUGACGUCACUCAAGGUGUUCUGACAUUGUUUCUUUCCGGGUAUUUCCCUACUCGUGUCGUAGAUUCGUUAGCGUAGUUGUAAAAUCUAUUUUUCGGUUCUGACUGUCGUGUUUUAUUUUCGGAUUAUUUUCAAAAUGUGCUUGAUUGAAAAUGAUAACGUAAUAUUUUUAUAAUAUUUUUUUAAUUAUUUUUCUUUUGCGUUUCAUUACAAAUAGAAGUAUUGUGUAUUUUUUUAUCUUUUAUCCUAGCUGUGGUUUGAUUACGAGAAGAACCAAGAUUGUAAAAAAAACUUUCAUUUUAAUGAAAAAGAAUUUUGAAAGUAUGAGUUAUCUAAGCUCAUAUAAAAUGUAGUUACCACGUAUAAUCCUUUCUCCCGCACGAAAUUAAAAGUCGAGUUUUACGAUAA